GGAAGCUUCCGGGUGUACUGCCAUCGGAUCUCCUCCGAUUCUCACUGGCUUCGGAGAUUCUCCGCCCAGGAUAGGGAAAAGUUCAGAUCUUCGCAGAUCCUUUUAUCGCGCUCCUUCCAAAUCUGGAAAACGAUGAUGCCUGGUACAAUGGCUUUCAGAGCACCGCACACCAAAUCACCGGAGAAGAAACAAAAUCCAACACCUAUUUCUAAUCUGCCCUUUUCCGUAUUGCACAAGGGGUUUUGAGUGUCAAAACUCAAAAAUGUAGAUUUUGCUCCAAUUACGGGAUUCAAAUUUGGCAGUGCAACCGACCGUGAAAGAGAAUACAUCGAGCCCGUGGACAUCAGUAAACAUUAUUCCGGGGCAAAAAAGUUGUGGCACGAAGAAGUGAAAGUGGCAUUUGAAGGUCUGAGGAGAAAUAGAAACAGAGAAGAGAUAGACGCAGUGAAGCUAGGAGUAUUUUUUUUACUUGUGGGUACUAUGUCACUGAAAAUCAGAAAUGCACGAGACUUUACCCACUAUAUUUGCACUUGGUUGUUGACAUUGAGCAAUUCAUUACGUACUCGUGGGGGAUGAGGUUUUGGAUGACUUGGUAGAGGACGCAUCAAAGUGUUCUCUUAUAGUAGAAACUAGUACAAAAGACUGUUUCACAUUCCUUGGAUUUUUAUUCACCUCACAGAUUUGGGCCUUCGAGACCUUUCCAGCUGGUCAGGAAGAAGUUCCCAAGUUUUUAGGAAGUUGCAGGACAGUGUGGCUACAUGGACUACGAUGAGCUACACAAUGAAGCAUGUGGUCGGCGAGAAAUAAUUUUUGGUAAUGUUGAGGGGCAGAGCUGUAAAGCCGGCAGAUGGAGGCAACCGAGCACCGAAAGGGGCAAGAUGGAGAGCGAGGAACGGAGGGGGGGGGGGGUUAGAGGGGAUAAGAACCAUCAGUUUUGCAAACGAAGCACCGGAGGCGCUCCAAAAACGCACUGGCACCGGAGUGGCACCGUUGGCCAGUGUCAACAAAACCCCAUUCAUAUUUUCAAGUUUUCCUUUCGAAUCCUCCUGAAGUAGAAGUUGACCUGGAGGUGAAAUGAUGGACAACAUUCAGUGAUCUGUGAUCAACACUAAAAGAAGAAGAUGCCUGCACUUCUCUCUGUCUUUCUUCAUGAAUGAGAAGACCAUAGGCUUGGAUGACUGAAGGUAAUGGCUUCAUCAAGAGAAUGUUUCACCUUAUCACAUUAUAAUCUGAGUUCAGCCCCAUGAGGAACUGAUUGCACAACCCCAAACGUACAUUAUGGAAGAUUGCAAAGUUUAUUGAAUUCAUCCUAGGUGGUCUUGAGUUUUGUGAAAUAAGCAUCUACAUCAGAAUGUAUAUGGUCAUGAUUGAUACUGGAAAUGCAUUUUAACUCUUAUUUCGAGAAUAAAAACAUGGAAUUCCU